AUGAACUAUCGUGGUAUCGGUUUACGAUAUCUUGAUGACGAUUUCAAGUUACUAUCAUUUGUUCUUGGUUGUUAUUUUUAUGAUGCACCGGCUCAUUCAGCUGCACAUUUUGGUGCUUUUGUUGAUGAUAAAUUACAAGAAUAUAAUUUGCAACUUGAUUCAUCUAAAUUUGUCGUUUGUGAUAAUGAAAUGAGAAUGUUAGCUGCGUGUCGUGAUCAAUGUACAAGAGUAAGUUGUUCUGAUCAGUAUUUGAAUAAACAAUUGCAGCACGCAUUUGAAUUAAAUGAAAUUCAUACAAAUAAAAGUACAAUUGAGAAUGUUAAUUGUGAAACAGCUCAAAAUAUUUUUCUUCAAGUGAAAAAGAUCGUUACCAACGUUAGACGUUCACAUCGUCAACAGGAAUUAUCAAUGAAACUACAGAUUUAUAGUGAAACUAGAUUCAAUGGUGCUAUGACAAUGCUUGAUAUAUUCCGUAAAAUGUUUUAUGAGCUGCCAUUAGUAUUAACUAAUACCAAAUCUAUGGAUAAUUAUAAUUUAACUGUUAAAAAAUCUCUUGAUGACAUCUGUUGUUUUCUACAACCAUUUGAAGAAGUUAUUGAAGCACUUAGUGAAGAUCAUCAACCUACUUUACAUCGAGUUCGUUCGUUGCGCCAAUGUUUGAUUAACAAACGUAAAAUAAGCGAAGAA